GCACACGAGCGAGCGGUAAAUUUCAUCAGCGUCCGUGGUAACAGCUCCUGGGUGGGUUUCUCCUGUGUCCGUUCUCCAUCGUCCACCAGAAGACAGAGAAGGUCCUAAUCUGCUGCUUCUGUGACCGGACCUCCCACUUCCUGCUCCGUCUGCUCGACUACACCUAAGUGAACCCACCUACGCCAGUGGACCAAUAACAAACAAGUUAUUUGCUGAAUUUACCAACCCCAUCUGCCCUAAGCACUUCUAAUCUUCUAGUCUCAUACGUGUUGUGUUUAAGCAGUGUCAGUCACACACACCCACACUUGAAGGAUUUCAAAUGCCUAGCCUGCUUCAGCACCCACACACAGUCUCAGCAAAUAUGGGCACCACGCUGACCAACUUUGGCAAAAGCCUGUUGCGUCGCAGGGCUUUGGACCUCUCCUGUGAAGAGACCCGAUUCGCCCGCUGCCUGUCCACCCUGGACCUAAUCGCCCUGGGAGUGGGAUCCACUCUGGGCGCCGGUGUCUACGUCCUGGCUGGAGAGGUCGCCCGGGAGAAGGCAGGACCGGCUAUUGUCCUCUGCUUCCUCAUCGCCGCUCUGUCCUCCAUGUUGGCCGGGCUGUGCUACGCCGAGUUUGGGGCUCGCGUCCCCAAGACGGGCUCUGCCUAUCUUUACAGCUAUGUGACAGUUGGAGAAAUCUGGGCCUUCAUCACUGGCUGGAACCUCAUCCUCUCCUAUGUGAUAGGUACUGCCAGUGUGGCCAGGGCGUGGAGCUCCACCUUUGACAGCCUGGUGGAACAAAAGAUCUCUGACUUCUUCAAAGCAUCUAUGACGAUGAAAGUCCCAGGGAAUGUGUUGGCCGAAUACCCGGACCUGUUCGCCCUCAUACUGGUGCUCUUGCUCACUGGACUUCUGGCCUUUGGCGUGAGCGAGUCAGCGCUGGUGAAUAAGAUCUUCACGGGCAUCAACCUGGUGGUCCUGGGCUUCGUGAUCAUCUCUGGCUUCGUGAAGGGGGACACGUCCAACUGGAACCUGACAGAGGACGACUACAUCGCCUACAAAAAUAGCACCAACAGCAGCGUGCCAUAUCCAAUCGAGAAGGAAUUUGGUGUGGGUGGAUUCAGUCCCUUUGGCUUCAGUGGAGUCUUGUCUGGUGCUGCCACCUGCUUCUACGCGUUUGUUGGCUUCGACUGUAUCGCCACAACAAGUGAAGAAGCCAAGAACCCCAUGCGGUCCAUCCCCGUUGGCAUCGUGGCCUCGCUGCUCAUCUGUUUCUUCGCCUACUUCGGGGUGUCCGCUGCUCUGACCCUGAUGAUGCCGUACUACAAGCUGGACGGCCAGAGUCCCCUGCCUGAGGCCUUCAGCUACGUCGCCUGGGCUCCCGCCAGAUACAUCGUGGCUGUGGGUUCCCUCUGCGCUCUGUCCACCAGUCUCCUAGGCUCUAUGUUUCCCAUGCCUCGAGUUAUCUACGCCAUGGCAGAGGACGGACUGCUGUUCCGUGUUCUGUCCAGGAUGAACGCUCGCACAAAGACCCCUCUCCUGGCCACCAUCGCUUCUGGUAUUGUUGCGGCUCUCAUGGCCUUCCUGUUCGACCUGGCCGCUCUGGUUGACCUCAUGUCUAUUGGAACUCUGUUAGCGUACUCUUUAGUGGCCAUCUGCGUCCUCAUCCUCAGGUACCAGCCAGGCACCCUGAACUCCUCCAGCCAGACGGAGAAUCUGGUGGAGCUGGUGGAAGGGGAGAAGGUGGCUGUAAGCGGAGGGGACAGCGGCGACGAGUACGGCAACGAGAUGGAGGAGAGGCCGCUCCAUGAGGACUUCACUGUCAGGCUGCUGUUCUGCCCAAGUGGGAAUACGCCAACGAGAACCUCUGGGAACAUUGUCUACGCCACCACAGCUACUAUCUCCGUUCUCAUCACCAUCCUGUGCAUCCUCCUGGCCAACUUCUUGAACGAGCUGCUGAGCGGCCACGCGGGUGUCGUGGUGCCCUGUGUCAUUUUGACUCUGCUGUGCGCCGUCUGCUUCGUCAUCAUCUGCAGGCAGCCUGAGAGCAAAGAGGCUCUCACCUUCAAGGUCCCCCUUCUUCCCUGGUUGCCCCUCUUCAGUGUUUUUGUCAACAUCUACCUCAUGAUGCAGCUGGAUAGAAGUACAUGGUUCCGUUUCGCCGUUUGGAUGGCUAUUGGUUUCAUCAUCUACUUCGCUUAUGGUAUCAGGAACAGCAGUGAGGCUGCCAACCGGUUAUCCCCACGCAAAUACGAGCCUGCGCUGCAGACAAAACGCCCGAUUUACACGGGCGCCCCUGACGGCAGUGACAUGGAGGCGGGCGACAGCCCCUGAUACAGACUGACAUAGACCCGGGAAGCGUUGCUGGGCAUCUACACUCAUUUUGGCAGUGUAGGCAGCCUGGAACACACCCGGGUGUAAAGGGAGGAGAGGCAAGAAAAACGCCGCACACAUCUUACCUCUGACUCGGAGGCUGAUUGACUUGAUGGCUUGACACUGUGAUAGAGCCACUUUCUGACCCAUGUGUCCGAUCUUAAUCUUUGUUGGUAGUUAGCCGUAGCCCUCUUGAGAUAUGUAACUGCCUAUAACUCAUGCUUCGAAUGGACCGAAAUAACAGAGUACUCUGUACUCCUCAUGUUUUUCCUUAUUUGUUUCCCCUCCAUACGAUGCAGCGUGGCUGUGAGGAGCCACAUGGCUACUUGGGGUCAAUUAGUACUACUGUGUACAUUACUAAAAGAAUCCCAGCGGAAACCAGUGAGUUUACGAUCGUCAAGACUCGUGGCUAAACUUCAUACUGUUUAGGAAACCUGAUUUCACGUAGACCGCACGCACAAAAAGAGAUGAAGGUCGUCUUGUAGUGUAAGCUUUGAGUAGUGUCGACGUAUCUGGUUUGUUGCACCAGCCUAUUUGUUAGUGUGUUAACAGGGUAGUGCUGAGGCUAUGACGUUUACAGUGUCAGGUCAGGGCCUCACUAGGUCACAAACACACGGUCGAUGAUGUUGAUGCUGCUUGGUCGAGGCUGAAGUCCACGCUCUACACGUUGGAUGACGUUUUUAAACAUACCAUUGCUGCUGUGCCCCCUGCUCACAAAGAACAGAUAUAGUGAAUUAUCUGUUGUUUUUUGUUUGUUUCACAUUUAGACGUAAAAUGGAAGUUGAGGCCUUUGUUUGAGCAGAAACCGGGUAACUUAAAUGAUUGUAAUUCGACUAAACAUCCAAAAGCCAACAAAGAAACCUUGAAGUACAGAACAAUUGAAUCUCUACCACUCGUAAACCCCCGUCGAUCAUUUGUACAUGGAUGAAAUGUCCGAAAUUUAAAUCCUCCAUUUUGUCAAUUUCCAGAUUUCAGCCAGGCACUUGCUAUUAAACCCCUUGAAUGUCUGUACCCAGAUAUUCUCACAUCAACACUAAAGUAUCGACCAUUUUUUUUUUUUACUUCCUUGUGAAAAUACUUUUUUUUCACAAAGGUUCUCGUUUAGUUUCAAUUGAAACGUGUUCUUGGCAGCUUUGUCUGUUGAGCUUCAAUCACCUUUAUUUUAUUUUUACUACUGUAUUUACUUAUUCUUCUUAUAGAACUGUUAAUAUUUAAAUGUUAAUAAUAUUGUUUGUUUAGGAUAGCUUUCUUUUUAUUUUUGUUUCGCGCUUUAAUAUCAACCUCAGAGUCGUAGAUGUUCACAUGUUUUUGAUUUUCAAAUGCAGCUUCUUCUUUUUUUUUUUCUAGUCUCUUUUCCACCAAGUGAUUUCAUUUUAACAUUCUUCUUUCCUUUGCGAACAAAUCAACUUGUUUCUAGAUAUUAGCUGAGCUGUCGAAAACAAGUAAUGACCACUGAAAGCUGGUCUCUAAAUUCUGACUUAAUACGUUUAACUUUUUUUCUCCUUAUCCUCUGGAAUAUGUUAAGUUAUUGUUAAUAGUAUUUCUUUGUUGUAGUAAAGUGUUUUACUGUAGAAUGUACAGUAUCUGUUACGCAUCUUUAUUUGUAUAAUGCUGCUAAUUAUACAAACCUUUUUUCUUUAAAAUAUGGCCUUUAGUGUAAGUUUGUAAAAGUUGGUCAAAAUAAAUUACACAAAGGCCUUUCAUUUAACACAAUGCUGCUGUUCGAGGCAAAACUAAAGCAUUUCUGCAGAUUAAACCAGGAUUUCUCCUGUGUUCACUGUUAACAUAUCAGAACGCGACCGAUUUAAAUUCCCAUUAAGGUUUUUGAAGACGUCGGGUAUAAGAGAUUUUAUUUUGGAGGGGGAUUCAGACAGUAUUUCUAGAUGUUGUGAGUCUAUAAUCUUGUGCCUAAAGAACCAUCUAUCUGCCUGAGAAAGGCACCGGGGCUGAGUCGUGUGUACCAGACACAAUCGGAGACUCGAGGCAGAUGAAGUGUUAACCUCUGUCAGUGAUGGACACCUGUCACACAGAGCUCUAGACACGCAGGCCGCGUUGCCUUUCAAAAAUCCACUCGAUCAUCUCCCUCCUAGAUGCUGUCUUAUUAACCGCAAUGAUCUAUCAUUGUCUUUCUGUUUUGUAUCCUGUACAAAUGGCUGUCAUGUAUAAAGCGAGCUGUAUUUUCAACAUUUUUUUUAAAAUAAAACAUGGUUCAUGCGUA